ACCACUACUCCUGCAGCAGCUGUCACCACCACCACUCCUGCAGCAGCUGUCACCACCACCACUCCUGCAGCAGCUGUUACCACCAUCACUCCUGCAGCAGCUGUCACCACCACCACUCCUGCAGCAGCUGUCACAACCACUACUCCUGCAGCAGCUGUCACAACCACCACUCCUGCAGCAGCUGUUACCACCACCACCACCACUCCUGCUGUCGCAUCAACUGACCCUCCAUCUUCUAGUGAAGGAACCCUGGGUCUUCAGUUCAGUCUCAACCAGACGUUCAACUCAAAUCUUUCCAACCCGUCCUCUUCAGAGUUCAAGACUCUGGCUUUCAAAGUGCAAUCUGAAGUGAACAAGGCUUAUGCUGGGACCCCAGGCUUCAAUCGUUCUAUUGUCAACUCAUUCAGCAGUGGAUCUGUAGUUACUGACAUGACCCUCGUGUUCGACAAGCAGACUUCGGUUCCCAGCUCAAGCAACGCACAGACAAUUCUCACCAACAGUUCCACCUCCCUGAACAUUCUACCAGGCAGCAUCAGGGUUGAUGUUGCCACAACCACUCCUGCAGCAGCUGUUACCACCACCACUCCUGCAGCAGCUGUCACAACCACCACUCCUGCAGCAGCUGUCACCACCACCACUCCUGCUGUCGCAUCAACUGACCCUCCAUCUUCUAGUGAAGGAACCCUGGGUCUUCGGUUCAGUCUCCACCAGCCAUUCAACUCAAAUCUUUCCAACCGGUCAUCUUCAGAGUUCAAGACUCUGUCUGCCAACGUGGUCACUAACGUGAACAAGGUUUAUGCUGGGACCCCAGGCUUCAAUCGUUCUAUUGUCAACUCAUUCAGGAAUGGAUCUGUAGUUACCGACAUGACCCUCGUGUUCGACAAGCAGUCUUCGGUUCCCAGCUCAAGCAGCGCACAGACAAUUCUCACCAACAGUUCCACCUCCCUGAACAUUCUACCAGGCAGCAUCAGGGUUGAUGUUGCCACAACCACUCCUGCAGCAGCUGUUACCACCACCACUCCUGCAGCAGCUGUUACCACCACCACUCCUGCAGCAGCUGUCACCACCACCACUCCUGCAGCAGCUGUCACAACCACCACUCCUGCAGCAGCUGUCACAACCACCACUCCUGCAGCAGCUGUUACCACCACCACUCCUGCUGUCGCAUCAACUGACCCUCCAUCUUCUAGUGAAGGAAUCCUGAGUCUUCGGUUCAGUCUCAACCAGACGUUCAACUCAGAUCUUUCCAACCCGUCCUCUUCAGCAUUCAAGACUCUGUCUACCAACGUGGUCACUAACGUGAACACGGUUUUUGCUGGGACGGCAGGCUUCCGUCGUUCCAUUGUCAACUCAUUCAGGAGUGGAUCUGUAGUUACCGACAUGACCCUCGUGUUCGACAAGCAGUCUUCGGUUCCCAGCUCAAGCAGCGCACAGACAAUUCUCACCAACAGUUCCACCUCCCUGAACAUUCUACCAGGCAGUAUCAGUGUUGGGUCAUCAACCACAUCAGGAAGUGCUCCCCAACCCACUGCCUUCUCUCUGGCUGCCUUGCCUCUCAGUUUGGCUCUGUUAAUGGUACAGCUGCUGUCUAGCUAAUAGCCUGGGGCAUAGCUGCUGUGGCUCUGAUAGCUGCUAGGCUAGCUAAUAGCCUGGGGCAUAGCUGCUGUGGCUCUGCUAGCUGCUGGCUAACCAAUAGCCUGGGACAUAGCUGCUCUGGCAUUGGUUUAACCAAUCAACGGUUUCCCAGCUCUCAUAGAUACAGCCUUAAAGCUAGAAUCCUUAGUUGCUACACCCAUUUUUUGACUUAUAAAUUAAUUAUAUCUACCCAUUGAUUCUAGAAGAAUAUAACAUAUGAAUGCCUCAUGAGUUUAGCUCAACUGUCGUACCCCAUCAGAACCCAAAAUAUAAGCUUGUUUUACUCCAAUGUUUCUAAACAAUGCAAACAAACACUGUAUAGCUUUAAAACAUUAUUAAAACUAUAAUUCUGA